AUGUCUUCAAUCUCCUUACCUUACUAUGCCGACCCUAGAGAACUCCCUUGCUCUAUACCUACGCGAGACCAAAUCGAAAGCUCAAAUAAUGUCUUGGUUAACCAGUCCAGCCGCAAAGUGGUGGUUGUUGGUGAGCAUUUUAUUGUGAAGUACGGCGGCGCAAUCGAUCUAUUUGAAGGAGAAAACAUGGUAUAUCUCUAUGAAAAUUCGAUUCCUGUGCCAAAGAUCUAUGCUCUCUUCGAAGAAGAUAGUGUAAAGUACAUCGUGAUGGAGAGAAUAUCUGGUGAUAACCUUCUGACCCUAUGGCCUGCGUUAAGCCAAUCGCAGAAAGAAAUUAUCACCAAUAAACUCAAAGUAAUUUUGAACAACUUGCGCAGUUUACCUUCACCAGGUGGAUUUUGCAGUAUCGGGAAUAGGCCUUUAGAGGAUGGGAUAUUCUGGAUGGGCAAUUCUAAGCUACAGAUCAAUGGACCCUUUACGUCUGAAACCGAGCUAAAUGAAGCAAUCGUUAAAAAAUUCAUUUCUCACGAACUAUCGGAACACAAAGCAGCUUUCUACAAGAGAGCUUUCCCCUAUGUUCUUCAAGGCCAUCCUCCUGUAUUCACGCACGGUGAUAUUCAGCGGAAAAACAUAAUGAUCAGUAAGAUGGCUGUGGAAGAUGGAGAAAAUAAUAGGGAUGUUGAGGGCAGUCUGGAAGUGGUUGUCGUGGACUGGGAGACGUCAGGGUGGUACCCAAGUUAUUGGGAAUACUCGAAGGCUAUGUUUGCUUGUGGGCGUUGGUAUGAUGACUGGAAUUUCUGGGUCGGAAAGAUUAUGGAUGAGCACUUCACGGAGUGGGCAUGGGUUGAUAUGGUUAUGAGGGAGUGCUGGUCCUAG